GCGCAGAAAGAGAAACCAGGGCGGUGUGUCCGGAGUGGUGAAGCAGGGUGAGGGCUGACUCCGCGCGUGUGGCUGCGGCUGGAAGAUGGCGGAGCUGCGCGCACUUGUGGCUGUCAAGAGGGUUAUCGACUUCGCGGUGAAGAUCCGAGUCAAGCCAGACAAGUCCGGGGUGGUCACGGACGGUGUGAAGCACUCCAUGAACCCGUUCUGUGAGAUCGCGGUGGAGGAAGCUGUGCGGCUCAAGGAGAAGAAGCUGGUAAAGGAGGUCAUCGCGGUCAGCUGCGGCCCUUCCCAGUGCCAGGAGACCAUCCGUACGGCCCUGGCCAUGGGUGCAGACCGGGGUAUCCACGUGGAGAUACCGGCUGCAGAGGCCAAUCACUUGGGGCCCCUGCAAGUGGCAAAGGUCCUGGCCAAGUUGGCAGAGAAGGAGAAGGUGAACCUGGUACUGAUGGGCAAGCAGGCCAUCGAUGAUGACUGUAACCAGACAGGUCAGAUGACAGCGGGGCUUCUGGACUGGCCGCAGGGCACAUUUGCCUCCCAGGUGACUGUAGAAGGUGACAAGCUGAAAGUGGAGCGGGAGAUUGAUGGCGGCCUGGAGACCCUACGCCUGAAGCUGCCAGCUGUGGUGACUGCUGACCUGAGGCUCAAUGAGCCCCGCUACGCCACAUUGCCCAACAUCAUGAAAGCAAAGAAGAAGAAGAUCGAAGUGAUUAAGGCCGGAGACCUGGGCGUGGACCUGACCUCCAAGCUUUCUGUGGUCAGCGUGGAAGACCCACCUCAGCGCACAGCCGGCGUCAAGGUAGAGACCACCGAGGACUUGGUAGCCAAGUUAAGGGAGGUGGGGCGCAUUUGAGCCCCUUCCCAGAAGCAGAAUAAUAAAACCAUAACUUUUUUUUUCCUGACACCUCA